AGCGCGCGCGUCUUCCUUUCCCACGACGACGAUCUCUUUAUUCUACCGAUCUGAUCGAUAGUAAGGUUUCGAUGGAUGAGUCGUUCGCUAAUCUACAGACGAGCCGUUUGAUUGGCUCAGUUCCCGCUGUGAUCAGCGACGACAACAAAAGCUCAAAUGUACAUAUAACAAGCGUAACCGAAGGCCCAUCUGCGAACAAUCAGAUAUUUCCACCGCAUCAAGGAAACAACAAUGCAAAGGGUUAUCAAACUCUUGAGACUCCAACAGAAAGACUUGAACAACAGCCAUCGAACAAUUGGAAGGGGUUCUUUAACGUCUACUCGUACACGCAGUACUUCGACGUGGACACUGAUGUUGUUGUGAAUAGACUGAUGAGCUCCUUGUAUCCCACUAGUGGUGAUUUUUUCAACAAGAUUGAUGCCAACCCUGAUAUGUAUGGACUUGUCUGGAUCUGCACUACGCUUGUGUUUGUGCUUUCUUCUCUCGGAAACUGCGCCACGUACCUCGUGAAGAAACGAACCGACAGUGAAGCACCUUGGGUAUUUGACGUGAACUACAUAAACUUGGCAGCAUCUAUAAUCUAUGGCUACGCUAUAAUCGUGCCUCUGGCGUUUUACUUCUCGCUCCGCUACAUGGGGUCCAGAGCCGAUCUUCUAAGAUUCUGGUGCCUCUGGGGUUACUCUCUCUUCAUUUUCAUUCCAACCUCUCUGCCAUUGCUUAUUCCAGUGGAGUUUCUGAGAUGGGUGAUAAUACUCUCAGCUGGUAGCGCAUCGUCGUGCUUUGUUGCUCUUAAUCUACGGUCUUACCUUGAAGGGAGCAAUGAUCUGACGGUUGUAAUGGCUGUAGCGUUUGGUCUGCAAAUGGUUCUUUCACUCUUCAUCAAAGUCUGGUUCUUUCCUUAAAUCUCCACACCACACAACAAAACAAAACAUAUAUGAAUAAUGUAUAUGUUGUGGUGGAACAAAGAACGUCCUUAGUAGAGAAUGAAAUACAGAGAGUAACAGAAGAAGGAACCUAUACAGUGAACCGUUCUGAUUCGUUUUUGCUGGCUUAGUUUCAUGGUUGUUUGUAAGGAAUGUGUUUGUUUUUAGUAGGAUUGUGUUUUUUUUUUUUUGUUUGUUUGUUAUAGCGUCUUCGCUUGUGAAUUUUUUUAAAAUAUUUUAAAAAGGAAGAAGAUUCACAAGAUUUUUUUUGAUGA